CCUUCUUCGACGUUCACCGGAUGUUCAAAACCUGAGAGUCCACAUGCCGUGGAAGCGCAUGGAGUGGGAUCGGGAAACCAUCCCCGGCGACGUCCUCACGUCAUUCAAGAAGCUGAGAUCUUUCGAGAUGUUUUCAGUCGUGCCCAUGGUGUUUAACGUUUUCAUGAGGUUGUCAGCCUUACCAGAUCUCACGGAACUGGAUCUUCCAGUCAGCCGCCAAUGGCAAGCCAUACCUGGACAAUCGGGGGACGGCCACACCACGAACGACCUCACCUUUCGCUCUCUGGGCAGACUGUCGAUGUACGGGACAUCCAUGUAUGACCUAGAAGCGGUCCUAUCGACCUGUCGCUUUCCCCGGCUUGAGGAACUACUCUUGAAGUCGGGCAGCGGUCCCGGAGGAGUCACCCUCGGUAUUCUCCUUCGAUCUAUCGAUCGAUUUUGCCCGCAUGCCACGCUGAAGAAGCUCCGCAUACUUUCUGGCCGUGGCCAGGAUACUGUAGAACCAGGGAUAUCAACCGCCAAUCCGGCGUGUCUGCGACAGCUAUACGGCUUUCGCCACCUGCGCAGCGUCGAACUCGACAUGCGCAUGCGCAUCGCGCUUGACGACGACGCGGUCAAGGAGAUGGCGAUGUCGUGGCCCUAUCUGGAACGCCUGGAGCUGUCUAGCAACGACAAAAACCUCGCGGAGACUGCAGUAACGGUGCGAGGCCUCGCACAUCUCGCUCGGUAUUGCCCGUCUCUGGCCUCGCUUACGAUCGACGUGAACACGACCCACUCCCCCAUCUACACCCUCCCCUGCAUGGACCUGCCCGCGAAGCCUGGUGACGGUCACUGCAACCGGGUCCUGAAGAGGAUUUGCUUCCCCCGUUCGCCUGUGCAUGCCGACACCGCGGAGAUCGGGGCUUUCUUAUUCGUGAUCUUCCCCAACUUGAAGCACAUCAAUAGGGGGGUCAGCUCCGAGAUAGGCCAAGCUUGGCUGGCGGUGGAGAAAGUGCUGGACCUCUUGCGGAUAGUAUCUGAGUGGCAAAGACACGAUGUACCGCAAGUAGCCCCAGUGUAGAGGUUCGAAAUUCCUAUGGAGCUCCGCUAUGGAUCAAACUGUGAUGUAUAGUAUGUUAAGUAUAUAGCUCUUUCGCUGCGCAUAUUCGGCGACGCAGUGUAUAUCCGUAUAGUAAUGCGUAACACAACACGAGAAGGAUUUCUCAUGA